CCGACCGCAGCUACCCUUUGAUAUAUAUGAUCCAUUUAACUGCACCUGGCAACAGAAUUUAACUUCCUCCCUAUCAUCAAUCAAAAACCCUGCAACACUACAUCAAGAUUAAACCCCCGUUUGCCAAUUUCAUCAAAUCACUUUCUUCGUUAGCUUUCGUGAAAUAGUCGUGUUUUGAUGCUUAUUAACGUAAUAAAGAAUUGAAAUUAUCGAGAAAUAGAUUAUGGUGUUCUUGUCUUGGACUCGCCCUUCUCCCAAAGAGCAGAAGGAUUGCAUUAGCAAGUCAGGUACCUUCAACUAUGACAGUAAAUACAGAGGAGCUACUGUAAAACCAUUGUCUGUUCUUAAAGAAGAUAAAGAGCUUUCAAAAGAUGGAUUUUUAAUCAAUCAUUCAAAAACUUUAGUGGGAUCAGGCUCUGAAGCAUACGAAAAAGGCAAGACUGCUCUGCAAACUUGGAGGCAUUUCGGAUUGAGUUGGGCAUUUGUUGAUCCAAAGACACCAAUUGAAAAUGGGGUGAAGUUUUGUGCUUGUGUGAAGGAGUUCUUUCCAUGGCUCAGGAUGCCAUUGCAGGUUGUUUAUGUUAAUGAAACUAGAAACCCUAAAAUGGCUGUUUCUUCUUUUGGUUUUAGUGGAGGCACUCUCAGAGGACACUUACUGUCUGGUGAAGAGCGGUUUUCAGUUGAGAUGGAUGAAGAGAAACAAGUUUGGUAUGAAAUACUUUCCUUCUCAAAACCAGCUCACCCUCUCUCUGUUAUUGGGUACCCGUAUGUAUUUCUUAGACAAAAGUAUUUUGCUCACCAAUCUAGUGAUGCUGUCAGAAAAUUUGUAUCCUCAAAGUAAACUCUACAACAUUCUGCUAUUAUGAAUUCACAAUCUUUCAUCCA